AGAAACCGACAGCGCCCAGUGCCAAUGUGUCCGUGUUUGGCUCUCCACUUCGUGAACUGCACAAUGCACUGAGCGCACACGCAAACGACCCAUCCAUCGCGCAUUCGCUCAUGGUUGAGGCUGUGACACCGGCGCUCACGGCUUACCACGCCAUGGUCAAGAAGUGGUUUGACAGCAAGAACGCAAAGAUUCGACAGCAGAUUAAACUGGAUGUGCAGGACAUCAUCAAGCAGAUCCGAUCACUCGAGGCCGAGCCCGUUGACUCUGCUGAAUGGACAGAACUGCUGGAGAGCAUAGACAUGCUGUAGACUGUGGCAACAUCAGAGUGCCGUGAUGUUUCCCAGGCUAGCGCGUUUGUCCUGUCAUUUUCUGCCUUCGCCCCGUCUCUGCAACUUGGUUCUCUUGAGCGCUUGUUGUUAUGUUACCUGUGUACAUAUCGUCUGUUCAGUCCCUCUCUCCCCUCUCAACGUGUUCAUAUCCUUGCACUUUUCAGGUGGUGUCUUGUAUUGGUUUGUGAAGAUUAAACGAGUUGCACACUGCC